CUUGUUCAGAUAACGACUCAAGCUUUGACAUUGAAAACCACAGACGAAUUGGAGCCUGGCAUUGAAAGGAGGUGUUCUGCAACAGUUUUUUUUUUCUUGUCUAAAGAAGUUUACUUCUACAAGAGGGAAGCUGAAAAAUGACAGGGACAAAGAGGAAAAAGAAAGGCAUGCUGUGGAGCAAGAUGCAAACCCCCCAUUGCGAAGACUUUAAACAGUGGUGUCGAAGGCGUCUGCCUAUUCUGGAAUGGGCACCACACUACAAUCUGAAAGAAAACUUGCUUCCAGACACCAUGUCUGGGAUAAUGUUGGCAGUUCAACAGGUGACACAAGGGUUGGCCUUUGCGAUUCUUUCAUCCGUGCAUCCUGUGUUUGGUUUAUACGGGUCUCUGUUUCCUGCCAUCAUUUAUGCCAUAUUUGGAAUGGGACGUCAUGUUGCCACAGGCACCUUCGCCUUGACAUCCUUAAUAUCAGCCAAUGCAGUGGAACGGCUUGUCCCUCUGAGCAGCCAGAACUUCACCACACAGAGUAACACAAGCACACUGGGUUUAUCGGACUUCGAGCUGCGAAGGAUUGGUGUUGCCGCAGCUGUUUCCUUCUUGGGAGGUGUGAUUCAGGUGGCCAUGUUUGCACUGCAGCUGGGCAGUGCCACCUUCCUGCUUACGGAGCCCGUGAUCAGUGCGAUGACGACCGGGGCUGCCACCCAUGUUGUGACUUCACAAGUCAAGUAUCUCCUGGGAAUGAAAAUGCCAUAUAUAUCUGGACCACUUGGAUUCUUUUACAUCUACGCAUAUGUCUUUGAAAACAUCAAGUCUGUUCGACUGGAGGCACUGCUGUUAUCUUUGCUGAGUAUCGUGGUGCUCGUUCUGGUUAAGGAGCUGAAUGAACAGUUUAAAAGGAAAAUUAAAGUUGUCCUUCCUGUAGAUUUAGUUUUGAUUAUUGCUGCAUCAUUUGCUUGUUAUUGUACCAAUAUGGAAAUCACAUAUGGAUUAGAAGUAGUUGGUCAUAUUCCAAAAGGAAUCCCUCCACCUAGAGCUCCCCCCAUGAAUGUCCUCUCUGCAGUAAUCACUGAAGCUUUUGGAGUGGCACUUGUCGGCUAUGUGGCCUCCCUGGCUCUGGCUCAAGGAUCUGCUAAAAAAUACAAAUAUUCAGUUGAUGACAACCAGGAAUUUUUGGCCCAUGGCCUCAGCAAUGUGAUUCCUUCAUUUUUCUUCUGCAUACCAAGUGCUGCCGCCAUGGGAAGGACUGCCGGCCUGUACAGCACAGGCGCGAAGACACAGGUGGCUUGUUUAAUAUCUUGCAUUCUUGUCCUGAUAGUCAUCUACGCGGUAGGACCCUUGCUUUACUGGCUGCCCAUGUGUGUUCUUGCAAGUAUUAUUGUUGUGGGACUGAAGGGAAUGCUAAUACAGUUUCGAGACUUAAAAAAAUAUUGGAAUGUGGAUAAAAUUGAUUGGGGCAUCUGGGUCAGUACAUAUGUAUUUACAAUAUGCUUUGCUGCCAACGUGGGGCUGCUGUUCGGUGUGGUCUGUACCAUAGCUAUCGUUAUCGGUCGCUUCCCAAGGGCAAAGACUCUGAGUAUAAAAAACAUGAAAGAAAUGGAAUUGAAAGUGAAGACAGAAAUGGAUGGUGAAACCCUGCAGCAGGUGAAAAUUGUCUCAAUAAACAACCCUCUUGUUUUCCUGAAUGCAAAGAAGUUUCAUACUGAUAUAAUGACCAUAAUCCAAAAAGAAAAUGUGAGCAACCAGCUACUGGAUGAUGUCAGCAAGUGUGAACAAAACACAUUGCUCAAUUCUCUAUCCAACUGCAACUGCAAUGAGGAAGCGUCCCAGCCCGGUCCAAGUGAGAAGUGCUUUUUAAUCCUGGAUUGCAGUGGAGUGACUUUUUUUGACUAUUCUGGAGUCUCCAUGCUUGUUGAGGUUUAUAAUGACUGUAAGAGCGGAAGUGUGGAUGUCUCGUUAACCCAUUGCACAGCUUCCUUGGUAAAAGCAAUGAAGUACUGUGGAAACCCAGACUCAGAGAAACCAAUUUAUUUUGAUUCAGUAUCUGCUGCACUAAGUAACAUCUACUCAAAUAAGAAUUUGAGCAAACUCAGUGAUCACAGUGAAGUCUGA